AUGUGCCCUCUCGGAGUACUCGUCCUCGCUAUACUGAGUUCCAUCACAUCAAACACUGUCUUCCGCCCUCACGAUCCGCAUAUCCCGAACUCCGAAGUCACAAUUGGCUACGACAUCAGCAACAAAUCCUCUGAAGGAUAUGGAGUCUCCAAUAGCGCCUUCGACAGUGCGGUCGGCUUCGCGCAACCAGGGGUUGUAGCAGAUGUCGGCGUGACUCCAACCGUCGUUGUGAUUCUUGAAGAACAAAGGAUCCCAACCAGAACUGUGUGUGAUCCAGCAAUUGAACCUGAGGCUGGGAUCAUAUACACCACCAUUCGAAACACUCCUGGCCACCUCAACUCUCUCUCCUCGGACCUUGUCAUGGGACUGGCCCACACUCUACUGCUCAUGGUGUAUUACACCACUUUCAAACCUCUUUGGAGAUCCAUGUUCAAUAGAGCUAUCUCCCAAUUCCCGUACGCGAUUUGCUUCUGGCUAUCCAUCGCCUUGUUCGCCAUCCUCGAGCCAAUCCUGACAUUCGGUUGGAAUUAUCUUCACCGGGAAUUCCAUGCUUCACAUGAAGCAGUCAUGAAGAGGCUGCGGAGGUCCGAAGCCAAGGCAUGGGGCCAGACUAUACUGAUCAAGGCCCUUGAGGAAGCCAAAGAUCACUCCAUGCUCACUUUGGAAGCCCUUACCGCAUCACACGAACACAUCAAGACUCGGAUCUCGGAAGUUGAGGAGCAAUUUCUUGGUGUCUCUCGAGCCGUCACUCAGCAAGAUGAGGACGUGAGGGCGAUAGUACGGACCGUGACGGAUAUGGUGCACGAACAGCACUCUAUUCGAGAACAAGUCGGGGAACUUUCCACAACUCUCCAAGAGGAGCAUGCCAACCAUUGUACUUGCGUAAAUCGCUUUAUUCACGCUUACGGCAGCAACAUCAUAACUAUCGGCCACCAUGCGGACUGCCUCCAACAAAAGGUCGAUGUUCUGGAACGUCAAAACCUCGAACAGGCCGCUGAGAUUGACGCCCUCAAGAGUGCUGUGAAAAGGUCGGACGAGGAAAGGGCGGCGAUGAUUGGAUUUUACCGGAAACAAAAAUUCAACAACAUGCACGUCAAUGAGUACUACCAAAAGGCCAUUGCCGAGGCCCCUGAAGAUCAGCUAGCACCGGCGUUCAUGGCCUAUAUGACAGCCAUGCAUUCCCAGAUGAAUGCAACGCUCCAAGGUGUAUAUCGCUCGGCCGGUGGCCACUCACAGCAGAGCAACAACUACGGUAGACCUCCCAAUGGCUCGCCCGGUUUUGGCUCCCCUGGUCUUGGUUCUUCGCGAUACGGCCCCGCCGGUAACUUUCCUUUCAAUCAGAGGAAGUAA